ACCACUCGUCCCUGAUCUCAGGGUGAGGUUUGCCGAGUACUAACUAGCUGAUUAGGGAAUGACGUUACACCGCAUAGGGGUUGGUCAACGUGGAGUCUCAGAGAGGAUUUGGAGAAUCGGUCGGCUUCGAGUCAGAGACCCCCAAAAGCAUCAUCAUAUUCGGCCGUCAGGGUGAGCAAGAAUGAUGCCACACACGACUCAGAUGCUCACCUCCGGGUGGGAAUUUAAGGGCGCGAAAGACGAGAAGUGGCUGCCUGUUCUGCAGGUUCCCAGCAACGUGCACACGGAGCUUGUACACCACGGGCGGAUCCCAAACCCUUUUCUGGACCUGAACGAGCUGGAAGUUGCGUGGGUGGCCGAGGAAACAUGGCAUUACCGGACCACCUUCUCAACCCCUGAAGCGAGCCGGGCACCGGGAGCCGAAGUCGACCUGGUGUUUGAGGGGCUCGAUACGUUUGCGAUGGUGAUUCUCAACGGAACCACCAUACUACAGUCAGACAACAUGUUUGUUGAAUACCGUGUCGCCGUGCGGGACAUUGUGCUGGCCAUCCUCAAUAAUAACAACGGCAACACGGAAAACACACUGGAAAUUGUCUUUGAACCCGCUCGCCGCCGCGGUCUGGAGCUUGUUCGAGCGCAUCCGGAACACGAUUUCAUCGUCCAUCAGACCGAGGUCAGCAGGGGGCCCGUUCGGAAAGCCCAGUACCACUGGGGCUGGGACUGGGGCCCGAUCUUGCUGACGUGCGGACCAUGGAAGCCGGUGCGGCUGGAGACGUACGUCUGCAGGAUUGACAAUCUCCGGGUGGACUACCAACUCCGCGAGAGCGACGAGGGUGUUCCUCUGCAGCUGUUGAAGGCCACCGUCGGCGCCGACAUUGUUGGUCCGACCUCGUAUAUCGUCGAGGCUGGGCUGUGGUUUGAGGGGGACCAGGUGCUCACCCUGCGGGAAAGUAACGACAAUUUGAGUAAAGACGGCACUUUAUCGUGGAACUAUACCUCGUCCGCUUUCACGCUCGAAGACCGGGUGCACCUCUGGUGGCCGCGCGGCUACGGUCCUCAGAAUCUCUACACCCUCCGCGUACGGAUUCUCUCCGCCAGCGGGACCACCGUGCUCGCCGAGGAGGAGCAGACGCUCGGGUUCCGCAAAGCGGAGCUGAUACAGGAGCCCGACGCCUUCGGGCAAUCAUUCUACUUCCGCAUCAACGACCUGCCCAUCUUCGCUGCGGGCGCGUGCUGGGUGCCUGCCGACAGCUUCGUGCCAUCCAUUCCCGCGGACCGGUACCAGACACUGCUCUCACUGCUCGCCGAGGGGAACAUGAACAUGGUGCGGGUAUGGGGCGGGGGCGUGUACGAGCCCAGCGCGGAGUUUUACUCGGCGUGCGACAGGCUGGGGAUCAUGGUGUGGCAGGACUUUAUGUUUGCCUGCGCGUCCUACCCGGCUAAGGACCCGGCUUUCCAAGCCAUCGUCGCGCUCGAGGCCCGUCAGCAAGUCUUCCGACUGCGCCGCCACCCGUGCAUUGUUCUUUGGUGCGGGAAUAACGAGGACUACCAGCUGACCGAGCGAUACGGACUCGAGUAUGACUACGAGGGUAACAAGGACCCGGACUCAUGGCUCAAAACGAACUUCCCGGCACGGUACCUCUACGAGCACCUCCUCCCUGACAUCCUCCAGUCCACCAGCACUAGUACAAACACCGCCUACCACGCGGGCAGCCCCUUUGGCAAUGGGACCAGCACGACGCUCAAAACCGACCCGACCGUGGGGGAUGUGCACCAGUGGGAGGUUUGGAACGGCGCGGCAAAACCAUACCAGCGUCUUGCGGAUGCGGACAUGGGCGGGCGGUUCGUGAGCGAGUUUGGCAUGCCCGCCUACCCACAUGUCAACUCUGUGUCGCGUUUCGUGACGGACCCUGCAGAGCGGUACCCCGGCAGCGCAACGCUGGAUUUCCAUUGCAAGGCGUUGGGAGGGACCCGCAGGGUGUGGGGUUAUCUGGCUGAGAACUUCCGGCUUGACCAGGCCGGAAAGCUGGAUGGGUUUGUUCAUCUCACGCAGAUCCUCCAGGCCGAUGCCCUUGCUGAAGGGUACAGGGCUUGGCGGAGGCAGUGGGUGACUACUACUACUACUACUACUACUACUACUACUACUACUACUACUACUACUAAGGAAGGGGAAGGGAUGGUAAGGAGGUGUGGCGGGGUGCUGGUCUGGCAGCUGAACGAUUGCUGGCCUGCGUCGGCCAGCUGGUCGGUCGUGGACUACUACCUGGUCAAGAAACCCGCGUGGUAUGCUAUUCGGCGGGUUAUGACGCCGCUAGCGGUCGGGGUGAAGAGAAAGUUCUGGGACUGCACGACUCGGCCGGCUGAUGGGAAGCUCUGGCGCAGGGACACGGCGCAUGUCGAUCCAAGGCGGCCGCUGAACGAGGUGGAGUUUGAUGUUUGGGUUAUCAGCAGUGCGCGGUCGGAGACUGUGAAGGGGACUGUGAGGGUGAGGUUUGUGUCAAUUGCCAGGGGGCAGGAUGUGAGAUAUAAGAUUGAGAAGGAGGUUGAGAUGCAGCCUAACGGCUGUACCGAGGUGUUGCAGGGGUUCAAGUUCCGGUGGCAAGAGGACGAGAAGCCCGAGCACUUUGUCAUCCAGGCUACGCUGUGGGUGGACGGCGUGCGCGUGAGCAGCGAUACUUCCUGGCCGGAUCCGAUCAAGUACCUCAACUUUGCCGACAGGGGGGUCAGUGUGAGAUACGUCACUCAGGGGCAGUUGGAGGUUUCGGCCCGGAGGCCGGUAAAGGGGUUCGCUUUCUCCGAGAGGCAGGGCGUCAGUCUCAGUGACAAUGGGUUCGACUUGAUCCCGGGGGACGAGCCGACGAUGGUGCAGAUCGAGGGCCAGGAUGCUGGUGAACUGCCGUGGACCUUUGUGGGGCACCAGGGACGGGAGAGCACAGCUUGAAGUAGUGCUCUAAUUCCAGGGCCUAUCUACUACAUUCACGUGCUUCUGCAAGCUACCUUAUACAUGACCGCUGAUCCUCUUUGGCUCAUACAGCUCCUCGAGGUACUUCUCCUCCUCCUCCGUCAGGACCUUACCGCCGGCUUCAAUGGCCUCUUCCAUCCGUUUCACGCUGCUGAAGCCAAUGAUGGGACUCGACACGCGCUUGUUGAUCCAUGCCAACGCAACAUGAGACAUCUGUUCCUCCGUCAGCCAUGCUUGUCAAAAGGGAUUUGACACUCGAAAUCCACUUACCGGCCACCCGCGCUUGUCGGCAACCUCCAUAACCCGCUUGAUAAUAGUCAAGUCGGGCUCGACGGUGCCGUGGGUGCCGG